UGUUUUUUUACAAUGACACUUCUUCUUAAAUUAUAAGGCAGUUUCUUUUCUUUCAUCUUUUUUGUAUGACGCUAUAUAAGGAGGAAAUAGAUGUCUGUGAACGCGACAAAGAUUUACUAGACGACUAUUACUUUAAACGUAAAGUUCAGUACAUGAUGGUGUAUCUAGUCCUUUUCGGGGGCCUUUAUUCCUUAGUUUAUUUGGCAAUAGGAAAACUCCUUAGAAAGGAGGGUGAUAUAGACGAGAUUCCUGUUUCUUACGCGGAGCGUAUAUUAAAUUGGGUUUCUUGUGGUUCCGUAUCGCUGUCUUCAGCAUCCGUCUUGUUACUGCCUCUUAUUAUUUUUUCACACGAGUUGCUACGCCGGUCAUCCGUGCAGUGUCGUUGUGUUUUCUAUCCUUGGCUCGAUUCUGCUUUAUUUGUCGGCUGCUGGGCCUUCGUUUUUCGUGGUGGAAAUUUAUUUUUGUUGGUUCUGAUGCCCAUAACUUUUUUCUUUCACGAGCUUGAAGUUAUAAAAACGCGCCCCUACGAACCAUCGUUUUUUAAACAAUGGAGGCUCUUAUUUUACAAAAUGUUGAAGGCUCUAUUCACUGUUGUUAUAUUCUGGACAAUGCUGGGUCUUCUUACUUUUCUACUUAAUUCCCUCUCCGGACUUGCUUACAGGGAACCGCUUAAAAAUUCUUUAAGCUUUUUGCCUUCAUUACUUGGGCUUUUUUGUGCCUGGAUAUUUUUAGUUUUUGUGCCCAGGGGCAUCCUGAAAAUAGUAACUGCCAGUCUCUCUUCACUGGGCCAUCCUCUCCUGCUCACGGGGGUCUCCGAGAGAAUGGACAAAAUCUUCCUGGAGCGAUCAUCGCUCCUGAGAAAAGUUUCAAACUUUUGCAUUGCUGCAGACAAAAUGAAGUUUGAAAGUUUAAAUGGGGCUGGACUUAAAGCCUACGCAGAACAGCUGGAAUGUCUCACGUGUGAACUGCUUCGCCUGCAGGACGAAAUCCAGAGCUCGACUUAUCUUCGUGCAAUAAAACUACUUUUUCAAGGGCUUAUUUUUGCACUUUCUCUUCUCUGCACCGUGGCGCUGGUAGUGCGCUUAUUUAAAAAGUUGCUGGCUGUCGUGUUGGGAACAGAAGGCACGGCGAUCUUUAUUUUGCAGGAAACUUUUUUUGGCAGAAAAGAAGCGUUUUUCUUAGGAGGCUUUGAGGCCUUUUUUGAGGUCCUACUGCUUCUCUAUUUCUAUGUCUCUGUGUUUUUCGGGCUGUACACUUUUAAAAGCAGAAGUAACGGCCUUCCACGGAAGAGACUGCCAGCAUUCCCUAACAGGAUCUUCGGGAAGUUGUCUUAUCCAUCACGACUGACUCCCAAUAAACUUUUGAUAGUCCGACUGGGAAAAGCGUCCAGACCCCAAGUUUUUUUGAACGCUGCCAUUAUUUCUAUGCUGAGUCUUUCUUUCCCCUUCAUCUCCGUUAGCGCAGGAGUCACUAGCAUUGACGCCCUGGGCCACCUUGAUAGUCUUCCAUGGCUCAGGAGCAGCAAGUUUAUAGCGAUAUACAACUUCUCCUUCUGCAUGAACCUCCUUUUCACUCUUAAAGACACGUUUAAGAGAAGUCAGUCAUUGAAGUAGAAGCUCGGAGCUAUACCAAUUCUUCAGCAUAUACGCAAUGUAAAUUAAUAUUGGUCAAUCGAGCCACGUUUAUUCUACACUCGUUAGCGACCAAUUUG